UGUAUUCACAUUAAAAAGUAAAACCCCUGUAGUUGCCCAGGAAUCUUAAAAGUAAUUUAUUACAUCAACUGCUUCAAGCAAAGUGCGUCUUAGAAUUAUCAGUACCCCACAAGAAAUUUCAAAAUUCUUUCUAGUUUUUGUACUCUGUUUCUCUGCUCUCAUUUUUAUAUGAAACAGCAUUCUUGCUUAUCUUCGUUUGAUCUUUCUACAAACAACCACUUAGAGCUUCUAAACCCCAUUUGGUUCUUGCCCUUUUGAUAAAACUCAUUAAUACUUCUCAGAAUCUCAUUUUCUGGGUUAUUAUGGAUGCAAAUGGUAAGAAAAAAAGUAGUGGAGAAAUAAGUAUGGCCGAAAGCCGUAAAAGCAGUGACGUUGUUGUGAUGGUCUCUGGUGAAGAAAGAGAUGUCAAGAGUUCACCUCGUAGAGUUUCGGAUGAUUUGCCUAUUGGAAAUGUGAAAUUUGUACCAACAAGUUCUCCUUCCCCUGAAAAUGCUAGGUUUAGUCCCAGUCCUAAUAGGCCCCCCAAAAGCCCCACAAAUGAAACCGUAACGCGUCGAAAAUCACUUGCCAGAUCAGUGUACUCAAAACCGAAGUCUAGGUUUGGAGAACAACCGGUUUCCAUUGAUUCUGAUGUUUUUGCAGAAAGUAGCUCAUUGAAGCUAGAGCAUAUGAAUUCAAGUGGUAAUUCACCUAUUAAAAAUUCAUCAAGUGCUUCCCCCAACAAUAAAAUGGUUUCAGCUAAUAGUUCUUUCAGAGACAUAAUGAUGAGAAAUGUGUCUGUAACUACUCCGAGGACGCCGUUGAUGGCUUCUGCGAGAAAAAUGGAUGAAGAUGAAGAAAUUUACAGGAAGGUGAGUACUCAAAACAAAUUGAAGCACAAAAAGGUCAAAAUUAGGGUUUUGAUUGAAUGGUUAGUCUUUCUGUUGAUUUUGGGGAAUUUGAUUGCUUGCUUGACCAUUGAUAAGUUGCACCAUACAACGAAAUGGGGUUUGGAGACAUGGAAAUGGUGUCUUCUUGUAAUGGCGAUCUUUUCUGGCUUGUUGUUCACCUCUUGGUUUAUGCAGUUCGUGGUUUUGUUGAUUGAACUGAACUUUCUGUUGAGAAAAAAAGUGUUAUAUUUCGUCCAUGGUUUAAAAAGGAGUGCUCGUGUCUGUCUGUGGUUGACCUUGGUUCUUUUAACUUGGCUUUCUUUUUUCAAUCAUGGCAUCGAGGGGUCAAAAAGUGCAGGAAAGGUGCUCUUCUAUAUUACUUGGACUCUAGUUUCCCUGCUCAUUGGUUCAGUCUUGUGGCUCCUGAAGACUUUGCUUCUUAAAUUGUUGGCGUCGUCUUUCCAUGUUACCACAUUUUUUGAUAGAAUUCAGGAAUCAAUUUUCCAUCAGUAUUAUCUCCAAGUCCUCUCAGGGCCUCCACUUCUGGCAUCAGCAGAAAUGCCCCAAAGAACGAAUACUGCUCAAUUUAGUCUGCGUAGAACGAAGAAAGAUAAUCAAGGGACGGAAAAAACUAAAACAGCAGUGAUUGACAUACAUAAGCUUCAUAAAAUGAAGCGGGAAAAAGUUUCUGCAUGGACCAUGAAGAUGUUGGUUGAUGUGAUAUCGAAGAAAGGGCUGUCCACAAUUUCUGAUGACCUAGAUGAGAGUGAUUUUGAUCGAAAUGCUGAACAGACUGAUAAGGAGAUAACCAACGAGAUGGAAGCAGUUGCUGCUGCCUAUCACAUCUUUCAGAACGUGGCUCAACCUGAUUGCCUGUACAUUGAUGAGUUAGACCUAAGGAAAUUUAUAAUGGAGGAGGAGGUUGAUUAUAUCUUUCCAUUGAUUGAUGUGGCUGAAAAAGGACAAAUAGACAAGAAAGCUUUGACAGAAUGGGUGGUGAAAGUUUAUAAUGAUCGGAAAGCUCUGGCUCAUGCUUUGAAUGAUACCAAAACGGCAGUAAAGCAACUGAACACCCUUCUCACGGCAAUCCUAAUUGUUUUCAUGAGUAUUGUGUGGCUACUUUUGGUGGAAAUUGCAACAACAAAAGUACUUGUGUUUUUCUCAUCACAGCUUGUUGCAGCAGCCUUUUUGUUUGGCAAUACUUGCAAAACUAUUUUUGAAGCAAUCAUAUUUGUAUUUGUGAUGCAUCCAUUUGAUGUUGGUGAUCGUUGUGUUGUUGAUGGUGUUCAGAUGGUAGUAGAAGAGAUGAAUAUUCUUACAACUGUGUUCUUGAGAUUUGAUAAUGAAAAGAUAUACUACCCGAAUUCGGUUUUGGCUACCAAAGCCAUCAGCAAUUUCUACAGGAGCCCAGAUAUGGGAGACUCGUUAGAGUUUUCCAUUGAUUUCAUGACUCCAGUAGAGAAGAUCGGGGAUUUAAAAGUGAAGAUUUUAAAGUAUCUAGAGCGGACACCUCAAUUUUGGCAUCCUAACCACAAUUUGGUGGUGAAGGAAAUUGAAGACGUAAACAAGAUAAAGAUGGUACUCUUUUUCAAUCAUACCAUGAACUUUCAAGAUAUCGCAGAAAAGAGCAGACGAAGAUCAGAAUUAGUCAUUGAGAUGAAGAAGAUAUUUGAUGAGCUGAAUAUUAGAUAUAAUCUGCUUCCCCAAGAAAUUCGCCUGGUAAAGUCUGAAGUCGCCAUAUAACUGCAUAUCCUGAUUAUUGUCAUGCGCUACAAUGAGGCUGCAAAGGUCCUGUGACUUCAACUUCAAGUAUGCUGGGUUUUAUUGGCAGAUGAAAGGGUUGUAGUUUAAAUAUCAAGGAUAGAUUGCGGAGUUUUGCAUCAGAGGGAAGUCCUAACAUACAUUCCUCAGUCGAUACCUUGCUACUUAACAUGUAACUAUUUAGCAUUGAUCUACUAGUUUGUCAAUAGACCAUUGUAACAUAACUAGUAUUUCUUCAUACUUCUACUAAUACCUAUCCAGUACUUUUCCUUUC